AUGGCUUCUUUUCAAGGCUUGUCAAAGAUUAGACUUGUGCGCAACAAGAACUACACAAGAUCCGGCACCAAAUCCUAUGUAUAUCUACUUAACAAAUGGGGCUUCGAGCCCACCAAACCUGGCCCAUACUUCCAGAUAAACAAGGCCACCGAAACUCCAGGUAGCUUUCACAAGUUCGGACACAAAACACAAACUCAACGUGUCUUGGCCAAGAAGACAACUACUGGAGAGAAUGGCGAAGUCCCAGCUGAAGACGAACAAAAUGAUUCCGAGUAUCUUUGCCCUGUACAAAUUGGCACACCGGCACAAACUUUGAUGCUUGACUUUGAUACUGGAUCAUCCGACUUAUGGGUCUGGUCCACUGAACUUCCCAGAUCCACAACUUCCAAAGCAACCGGUCACACAAUCUUCAAUCCAACAAAGUCAUCCACCUUCAAAGCUUCCAAGACAUCCAAAUGGCAGAUCUCGUAUGGCGAUUCCUCUUCUGCUUCAGGAACCGUUGGGACGGACACUGUUACCCUUGGUGGACUUGCCAUCAAGAAUCAGGCAGUAGAGCUCGCGACCAAGUUGUCAACUCAGUUCGCGGAGGGUGCUGGCGAUGGACUGCUCGGCCUCGCAUGGGGUAGCAUCAACACCGUCACCCCAACACCCGUUGCCACACCCGUCAUGAACAUGAUAACCCAAGAAGAUAUUCCCUCCGACGCCAAAAUCUUCACCGUCAACCUUGGCAGCUGGCGCGAUGCCGCCGAUCCCGACCAGGGAGCCAGCUUCUACACAUUUGGCUACAUCGACACGGACGUAGUUGGAAACCAAGAAAUCUACUACACUCUCAUUGACAAUUCCCAAGGAUUCUGGAUGUUCGACUCUGCAUCCGCUACCGUUAAUGGUAAUACGGUCGCGCAGACGGGUAAUCAAGCGAUUGCCGAUACCGGCACCACUCUCGCAUUAGUUUCCGACGAGACCUGCAAGGCCAUCUACGACGCAAUCCCAGGAUCAACCUACGAUUCGGAACAACAAGGCUACACCUUUCCCAGCAACACCAGCGCCGACGAUCUUCCCAUCGUCACGUUUGCGGUUGGAGACAAGCAGUUCGCGGUUCAGAAGGAAGACCUGGGGUUUGCGGAUGCGGGUAAUGGGAUGGUUUAUGGUGGGAUUCAGUCCAGAGGUUCAAUGACUUUUGAUAUUCUGGGCGAUACUUUCCUUAAGGGUAUCUAUGCUAUCUUUGACCAAGGUAAUACGCGAUUCGGAGCAGUCCAGAGAAACGAAGCGGUGCAGAAUACCGCAGCUCCACCGUCCUAG